AUGCUCGAGUUCCUCUGGACAAUCUACUUUGUCUUUAUCGAGCCGGUCCUCUGCCACCUCAACCUCGUCACCCCCGGCUUUGGCGACCCGACCUAUGGACGCGCGCAGCUGCCCUACUCGGCGACCGAGAAGCGGCUCAUCUACGACAACCCCGAGGUCACCGUCAUCCGCCGAAAGGUGCCCCUCCCCGCCCACGCCCUCGCCGACUGCCGCUCCUGGGACAAGGAAAAGUGGACGUUUGUCAGCUACAAUGUGUGGACCAUGGAGGCCAUCGAGCAGCGCGAGGGACUCCACUCGGACCUCGUCAUGUGCCACGGCAUCAACGACUACGCUGGAAAGCUCGUCCCGCAUGCCCACCACUUUUUGAAGCGCGGCUUCCGCGUCAUCGCCAUCGACCUCCCCUCGUUUGGCAGGAGCUCCGGGCUGCACGGGUUUGUACCCAGCAUGCGUAUCAAUGUCAGGGCGAUGCAUGCCGUCAUCAUGGACGUGCGCAGGUGGGACGAGGAGGCGGGCCUCAUCGGUGUGGCGGGGCGGGAGCGCAAGCUGUUCGCAGAGGGACACUCGAUGGGCGGCUUCACCGCCCUCUACUACGCUGCCCUCUACGCGCCCAUCGACCCCACCGAGGACGGCAGCCCGGACCUCGCCAUCAAAAAGGUCCCCUCGGCCGAGGAGGAGGCUGAGCUGGCCCGCCGAGCCGCGUCCAACGGCGUCCGACCCGAGUCCAAGUCCCUCGACCCGCCGCCGUACCGCCCUUGCCUGUCCGGAGUGGCAGUCGCUGCGCCGAUGAUCACCAUCAGCCCGCAGUCUCGGCCGGGCAAGGCGACCGAGUACGCCGCCAAGGUGCUGCGCUUCCUCGCCGGCCGUCUCCCCUUUGCCAAGGCCAUCAAGGGCAACGUCAGCGACGAUCCCAAGGUCGAGUCCGAGUUCCAGGCCGAUCCCAUGACCUACAAGGGCCUGCUCCGCAUCAGCACCGGCCUCGCCAUCCUCGACGGCAUCAACGAGCUCUCGGCCCUCGCCAGCAAGAUCACCUGCCCGCUCGUCAUCCACCACGGCGCAAACGACCGCGCCACCAAUCCGCAGGGCAGCAAGGAGUUCUUUGACCGCGUCGGCACCAAGCCGAGCGAAAAGACCCUCAAGAUCUGGCCGGGCUACGAGCAUGUCAUGAUGAAGAACGUUGCGGGCAUGAGCAAGGCCGACGAGGAGAAGCGCGACGCGGUGCUCUUCGAAAUCGGCGACUGGCUCGUCGCGCAGGCCCGCAAGUGA